CAUAUCUUCUUUGGAGAACUCCAGCAGAGGUCCCACCAGCACAGGUACCGGUAACUCUGUCUACCAAGGCUAAGCAGAGGUGUAUUUUGCCUCUAAUGGGAUUUGAACUUGAACCUUAUGUUUCUCCUUUGACCACUAGAUGACAGCCUUGGGUGCUUUUCAUUUACUCGAUUUCUAUUCAUGCGAGCCUAUUACUAUUUGGGGAGUCAAACAAGGUUUUCUUUUACCACAUUUUGCUCAUUCUUCUUAAAUAUUUUGAAUCGUUAAAUAUUGUGUACUUUUAUGUAGUUUCUAAAUAUGUACAUUUUAUUCUAUGUUCGAAUUCAUACCGAAAAUUAGUCAGCUUGACCAUCGUACUCCGAAAAGGUUCACAUAAACUGAAAUGGAAGGAGUACCAAUUUUUGUUUAACUAGUUUUUGAUUGAGGCGUAGUAGUUGUUGUUUUUAUAUGAUUUUUUGCUUAACUGUCUCUGCUGAUUUUUGAUUAUGUGGGAAGCGGUAAAACUGUUGGAGAGUCAUGUCUAUUUAAACGGGGUCCUUUUUUCUUUUUCUUUCUUUUAGAAAUUGUUUAGAGGUGUACAUUGAUUAGUUUACUUGUAUGAGUUGGAAAUUUACUGGUCAAAGGUUUUGUCUUUAGAUUAGUUUGAAGAAUAUGCUGAUUUUUACAAUAACAACUUCGGAAGAGGGUUUCAGAAUAGUUUACUGCUUCAAAUGCUUCAAAUUUCAAUCCAUUUUGAGGGGUUAAAUUUUGGCUUGAUAUUUGAAUUCAGAUGUGUAUAGUAGUAACAGAUAUUGGUGGAGAGGAGCAUAGUGAUAGAUGGGAAAUAACUGUGUUCAUGCAAAGUUUUCAAAGGAUGGGUUCUUCAACUUAUUCUUUUGGCGGUCUCGAUCACCGAAUAUGAUCACAAAUAAGAAAAAAGAAAAGGCUAUUGAAGAACCUUCUACUGACAAACAGCCCGAACAUCCUAAUUCUUUUCAGAAUAAACCCCCAGAAUUGGUGAAGAUAGACAGAGAAGAGAGUAAGCUAUCAGAUACAAAAGGGUCCAAGCAGGCUAUUAUAGUGAAGGAACAGAAGACAGACUCUCAGGUAGUUAAGCCUGAGAAGAUAUCAGAUCAUUCGAAACCUGCAGAAGCAACGGGACCUGAAAAUUUUGGCAACACAGUCCAUGAAAAGGCAAAACCAAAAGAGCCGGCAAAACCGAAGAAGCUACAUCACGUCAAGAGAAUGCUUAGUGCAGGACUCCAGGUUGAGUCGGUGUUGAAAACAAAAACCGAUCUUCUGAAGGAGCAUUAUGAUUUGGGGGAGAAACUUGGACAUGGACAAUUCGGGACCACAUUCCUCUGUGUUGAAAAAGCAACAGGGGAAAAGUAUGCUUGUAAGUCUAUUGCGAAGAGGAAAUUAUUGACACCUGAAGAUGUGGAAGAUGUAAGGAGAGAAAUUCAGAUAUUGCAUCACUUAUCUGGACAUCCUAACGUCAUUUCAAUAAAAGCAGCGUAUGAGGAUGCUGUUGCAGUUCAUGUUGUGAUGGAAUUAUGUACAGGGGGUGAGCUCUUCGAUAGAAUUGUUAAGCAGGGACAUUACUCGGAGAGAAAAGUGGCUGAGCUUGCAAGGACAAUAGUUAGUGUAAUAGAAGCCUGCCAUUCUCUAGGAGUGUUGCACUUGGACCUUAAGCCUGAGAAUUUUCUCUUUGUCAACGAGGAAGAGGAUUCACCUCUAAAGAUUAUAGAUUUCGGG